AUGGAGUCUGCAUUGGGAACAAGGGGAGAGUUUUGGUUGCCUCUUAAGAAGGAGUUUUCUUGGUCUAGUGAGGAUUUGGUCACUAAUUUGCCAGGCCAGCCCAUGGUGGGGUUUGAGCACUAUGCAGGUUAUGUGACUGUGAAUGAAGCGAAUGGGAGGGCUCUCUUUUACUGGUUCUUUGAGGCUUCUCAUCCAGAACAGAAGCCUCUAGUAUUGUGGCUCAAUGGAGGUCCGGGGUGUUCUUCAGUGGGUUACGGGGCAACACAAGAGAUUGGUCCUUUUUUGGUGGAUUCCAAAGCUUUUAAGCUCAACCCUUUCGCUUGGAAUGGGGUAGCCAAUAUUGUAUUUCUGGAGUCACCAGUCGGUGUGGGAUUUUCUUAUUCAAAUACCACCUCAGACUACAAGCUUCUUGGUGAUGAUUUUACAGGAGAGUCAGGAAAUGCAUGGAGGUUAGAGAGAGAAAGAGAGACUAAACUUUUGUUCACAUUUGUACCUGGUCGGGUGGGUAAUCCAGAGACGUGUGAUGGGCACGAUUGGGAAGGGUUAGUGGACUACGCAUGGAGCCACGCAGUGGUUUCAGAUGAGACCCAUCAAAUAAUAAAAGACAACUGUAAUUUCCAUAGCAACGACACAUGGAGCAACGAGCGUUGCAAAGAUGGCGUGGACGAAGUGUUGAAGCAAUAUGGGGAAAUUGACAUUUACAGCCUCUACACUCCACGUUGUAUUCCAAACGCUUCUCACUCUCAGGAAAGAAACAAGUUUUCCAACUCCUCUUCAACCAAGAUGCUUCCUAGGGUAUUGGGAGGGUACGACCCAUGCCUUGACGACUAUGCGACGGCUUCCUACAACCGUGCAGAUGUUCAAAGAGCCCUUCACGUCACCGAUGGCAACCACCUCAGGAACUGGACCAUCUGCAACGAAGAAAUAUUCAGGGGGGGGGCAGAUUCCAAGCCUUCAGUUCUUCCCAUAUAAAAGAAGUUGAUUGCAGCUGGCCUCAGAAUUUGGGUUUACAGUGGAGACACGGAUGGAAGGGUACCAGUACUAUCAACUAGAUACAGUUUGAAUGCUCUGGGGAUUCCUACCUUAAGCCCUUGGAGACCCUGGUAUCAUGACAAGCAGGUGAGCGGAUGGGUACAAGAAUACGAUGGCUUGACUUUUGCAACAUUCAAGGGGGCUGGUCAUGCAGUGCCUAUCUUCAAGCCAAAAAGCUCUCUUGCUUUCUUUAAAUCUUUCCUCUUUGGAGAAUCACUACCUUCAGAAAGAUACAAGAGUUAGGGGCCAAAGCUCCUCAACAUACUUCGGUUCCCCAGAAAAAUUUGCUCUUUUUGUUCGAAAGAGUGCAUUAUACUAGAUAUAUACAAGAGUUAGGGUACAUUAUGCUAGAUAUACACAUCAAGAGUUUAUACUAUGUGGAAAUCGGGGAAUUACAUUUCCCAAUAGGUUCCUUUUGCUAUAGUUGCCAUCAUCAAUGGCAUAAACUAGUAUCUACCAAUAUUGGUCGAUGUAAUUUUUAAGAUUCCAAAAGUGAUAGAUGGAAAGUUUUGGACUAUAACCUUGUGGAUUUGCAAGUGUUUUUGAAGUAAUGGGAGAGGGGGGGAGAAAUUUUCCAA